CCCUCCUUUUUAGGAGCUAGACACAUCAUCAUACGCAUCAAUACCCUUCUGAAUCGCAUCGGUAAUACCAGCAGAGAGCUGGGCCGCGAUCCCCGAAAGCGCAUCAGGGACCUUGGCAGUGAGAGCCUUGGACAGCUUCUCCGCCGCGGCGUACUGGUCAUUCAACGAGGUCUUGGUGACGCCGCCGACUGUUGCCGCAACCACUGCCUGCUUCUUGGCCACGAUGUCGUCCACAGUGGUUCCAACCUCCUUGGUCAGGUCCUGGACGGGGCCGGUCAGCGCCAGUGCUCCGGGGGUUGUCGAGCGCAGGCGCGUUCUGGAUGGCUGUGGUGCCGUUGUUGAUGGUUUCGAUCAGGACGUCAGAGGCGGCCUUGACUGGGGGAUAGUCGCCGCCGGUCCACACGAGGUGAUGGCGCUGUUGAGGGCAACCACCUUGGUACCAAUCGCGGCGAGGACCUGGGUUGCGGAGUUGGCGCGCUCUUCGAUCGCGCUGGGCUCCCGGGUGACCUUGGUGGGUGCUGCAAGGACGGCGGUCGAGGCCAGGAAGAGGGAGAGGAAGGCAGUGGCUUUCAUUUUUGUGUGGGGCCCCGAUUCAGGAUGGAAAUGCGGUGUCUAAGAGUAGUAGUAGUCUGUGUGGUUCAAAGUGCUUCGUUGAAGUAUGGGAUGAUCGGGGUCGAACUAUGCUGGGUUAAACGGGUCUAUAUAUACAUACACACACACACACACACACACACACGUUGUAUCACCUAGGCCGAAGAAAGAAUGGGGGCAUCACAUGGACGGCUUGAAC